CGGACCGGAAGUGGCUCGGCUGUGCUUUUCCUCCGCCGAGGGCAUUGGCGGACAAACCGUGUGACUGCUGUCCCGGUGCUACUGCGAACUCGUGGUGUUUGUGUUGGGGACUUACUGAAAGUUCCGCGGCGGCGCGGCGGGAGGUGUCGCGAGCCGAGCACUGCCCGGCCACUUCCAUGCCGGGUUGGAGGCUGCUGGCGCAAGCUGGCGCCCAAGUGCUGGGUUGUGGCGCCGGAGGCCUAGGUGCUGCCCCAGGCUUAGGGAGUAGAAAGAACAUCUUGUUCAUUGUUAGAAAUCUGCACAGCAAGAGUAGUACUUGGUGGGAUGAGCAUCUAUCUGAAGAAAAUGUCUCGUUUGUUAAGCAGCUGGUCUCCGAUGAAAAUAAAGCCCAGCUGACGAGUAAACUGAACCCCUUGAAGGACGAACCAUGGCCUUUGCAUCCCUGGGAACCAGGUUCUUCCAGAGUUGGCCUUAUCGCCCUGAAGCUGGGUAUGAUGCCUUUAUGGACCAAGGAUGGUCAAAAGCAUGCAGUUACCUUACUUCAGGUACAAGACUGUCAUGUGUUAAAAUACACUCCCAAGGAAGACCAUAAUGGAAAAACAGCGGCCCUAACAGUGGGGGGUAAAACCGGGUCACGCCUGUAUAAACCCAACUCUAUAUUGGAAUUUUACCGAGAUCUUGGAUUGCCACCAAAACAGACAAUUAAAAUCUUUCAUGUAACAGAUAAUGCUGUAAUUAAGCCAGGGACUCCUCUUUAUGCAGCUCACUUUCGCCCCGGACAGUAUGUGGAUGUCACAGCCAAAACUAUUGGUAAAGGUUUUCAGGGCGUCAUGAAAAGAUGGGGAUUUAAAGGCCAACCUGCUUCUCACGGUCAAACAAAGACCCACAGGAGACCUGGCGCCAUCUCAACUGGGGAUAUUGCCAGAGUCUGGCCUGGAACUAAAAUGCCCGGGCAAAUGGGAAACCAAAACAGGACAGUGUAUGGGCUGAAGGUGUGGAGAGUGAACACCAAGCACAAUAUAAUCUAUGUCAAUGGCUCUGUGCCUGGACAUAAAAAUUGCUUAGUGAAGAUCAAGGACUCUACGCUGCCUGCAUACAAGGACUUCUGUAAGAGCCUGCCAUUCCCUACCUACUUUCCUGAUGGAGACGAAGAAGAACUUCCAGAAGAUCUGUACGAUGAGAGCGUGUGGCAGCCCAGCGAACCUUCCGUCACCUUUGCCUGAUGCCAUGGUGCUGCAGGCCUCUGUGCUCCGCGUACUUUGGUGACCAGAUCAGUAAUAGAACCAGGAAUGGGAUGUCGUUCCCUGUGCUUAGUCAUGAGAGCCAGCUCCUGUGUCCACCAAGGGCACAAGUGAGCCACUUGGCCCCUCUUCAGUCUGAUUAGCAAGGUUACUGCAUUAACAGUCACAUAGACUGGGUUUGUUAACAUUGACAGUUUGUAAAGAACAAGCUACCUGCCAUUUGUGGUGUCAUUCUUUAGACACAUUUCCCAGUCUUGUUUUGGUUUAUAGUUUUAUUAAAGAUUUAUCUCUCUUAA